AGAUAGGAAGGAAUAUAUAUAGUAUGCAGCACUCCUCAAGUGCAUCAUCAUCGUCAGGUGUCUUAAAAAUCUUUCAAGAUGAAAUACUUCGUUGCUAUUGCCCUCAUCGCCGCUGUGGCUUCGGCCACCUACGUCAAGCCCACCCCAGUGUCGGCUGAGCUGGCCGAGAUCCAGGAGAUCGUCGCCGCCAUCAAUAGCCCCAGCACCAACCCCGCCACCGCUGCCGCCCUCGAGGAGAUGCUCUGGGAUGUCCUCGGUGUCAAGCCUGAGCCCAUCUCCGUCGGACCCGCUAUUGUGGACUUCCCCAUCGCGCCCGCCCCUGUUAUCAACCCCACCCCCAUUGCCCCCUCUCCCGUGUCUAUCGUAGACGGCCCCGCCCCUGACAACAGCGCUGCUCUGGUCCAGAUCAUCCUGAACAUCAACCAGGGUGCUGCUGUCCCCGUUGGCCCUGUUGGCCCCGUCGUUGCCCCUGAGCCCGUGCAGGUCGUCGAGACCGCUCCCAUUCCCAUCCCCGUGGAGCCCGUCCAGGUUGUGGAGAUCUCUCCUGAGCCCGUGCAGGUUGAGGAAGCUGCCCCCGUGCCCGCUGAGCCCGUCAUCAUUGGAGAGCCUGUGCUCCCCUCCCCUGCCAUCACCCUCCCUGAGGAACUCAACUAAAGAUACGAUGUAUAGACACAUUUCAUUCCAAAUGAGACCUGAUCAAUAAACGUUCAAUUAUUAUUA